AUUUUGAGCAGUUGUGACAAAAUUGAUAUAGUUGAUCGGGAAUACUCCAAUGAUAUAUCUCAACAAAGUAGCAGAAGGAUGUGUGACAAACAUUGCUGCAAAACUUGAAUCCAUGGAACCUUGUCGGAGUGUUAAAGACAGGAUUGGUCUUAGUAUGGUAUCUGAGGCUGAAGAUAGUGGAGCAAUUUCUCCUGGGAAGACCAUAUUAGUGGAACCAACAAGUGGAAAUACAGGACUUGGAAUUGCCUUUGUUGCAGCAACUAAGGGAUACAAGCUUAUAGUAACUAUGCCUGCUUCUAUAAACCUUGAAAGGAGAAUCCUUUUACGUGCAUUUGGAGCAGAGAUUGUUCUGACAGACCCAGAAAAGGGCUUGAAAGGAGCUGUUGAUAAGGCUGCAGAAAUUGUGCUUAACACUCCAAAUGCUUUCAUGUUUCAACAGUUUAAUAAUAUGGCUAACACAAAGAUUCACUUUGAAACUACAGGACCAGAAAUAUGGGAGGAUACUUUGGGUAAUGUUGACAUAUUUGUUGCUGGAAUUGGAACUGGUGGUACCAUUACAGGCACAGGAAGCUACUUGAAAAUGAUGAACAAAGAAAUUAAGGUUUCUUUGCUAUUUAAGCUUGUUAUGAAGUACCUUUUAAGUUGACAGCUUUAGUGCUCUCUGGAAUUCUCAAGCUUGUAACUGUUAGUCGUUAGAGAUGUUUUAGAUUUUCUAGGGGUGAAAUUUU